AUGGCACCUACCCCACCCCCCACCAACGGACUCACUCCCACCAGGACUUACCCCCAUUCCAGCCAUCCCAUUCACGCCACCCUUCGCACUUUCCCCACCCUCCCCAUCGCUCCCACCCCCCUCCUCCACGCCCCCCCUCCACGCUUCCACCGCCAGCACUAUAUCACCCUCGGCGGGGAGUUCGAGAACGCACGCAACACCUCCCACCAGCAGGCAACCAGCACAAGCCCCUCCCACCAAUACGCAAACCACACAGCCCACCACCAGUUCCCGCAAGCACUCGCAAAUGUAUCCACCACCCCGGAGCCACAGCCAACAAAAGAAAAUGACCCCGAAGAGAGCUUUGGGCGCGCGGGCAUGUUCCGCUAUGGAAGAGCGCCGUAUGCGAGGUCGCUCACUAGGAGGGGUGUGAGGGACUUCAGCGCUACACAGAUCGAGCUUCAGGCGGCGGAAGCUUGUGUGGCUGCGCAGAACGGUGUGGCCCGACAGGAUCAGCAUAGAUCACAGGAGGAGGAGGAGGGAGAGGAGGAUGAGAGCUUUGAGGCGUGGUGCAAGGCCCAUGGGCUUUUGUCUGAGGGGAUGGAGGAGAAGGACGGGGUUUUUGAUGAUGAUGAACGAGUACUAUCGGGUAUGUUGCUGGUUGUGGUUGGGGUGCUGUGGGUUCUGCUCUCGUCGUGGGGCUCUGUUUGCUUCAACAUAUGGGCGUUGAGGAGACAUGUUGCGGUUGUGUUUUUGUUUUCUUACUUAGCCCUGUUGGGUGCAAUAUGUGGAAUCAAUGCGUACUUUUCUUUUGAUUUGUGUUGUUUGGUGGUUUGGUUCUCUUCUUUACAAUUUGUCCUUGCGUAG